CCCUGGGGUUUAAAUUGAGUUGAAUGAUCCCAGUGCCAUACUUAUCAUAGCUGGCCUCUCACUUUUACUCUCUUGCUUUCUCUCUCAGUCUUUCUCCAUUUGUUACCUGUGAGACUUUCAGCCUCUUGUUGGAUUUCUAGUUUUUUUUUUUUUAAAUCAUAGAUAUUUGAGCACAGCUGGAGGCUACCACUCACGGAAUAGCUUUGUAUGUAUCUGGUUUUCACCUGAUCCCUCUCACUGGUGUUGCUGAUCUGUUGGAUCUUCUGGACUGAGUGCUGGCUGCCCUAGCUGUGCAGCUGCUUUCCUGACAAACAGGAGUGAGUGCUGAGGACUUGUGCUCAGCGGAGAUUUAAUAGGACAAGAAGCAAGCAGUCACCAUGCUGCAAGAAGCUGUAUCAAACAUUUUAAAACUCCACAAUUAUCUACAGUAUGAAAGAACUGAUGCCCGAAUCAGAGACUACCCACUGAUGCAGGGCCCCACACAGAUGACCGCCAUCCUGUUAGCCUAUGUCUUCUUCUCACUUUAUGUUGGACCUCGCCUGAUGGCAAACCGCAAGCCCUUCCGUCUCAACACAGCCAUGGUUGUCUACAACCUCAGCAUGGUUUUACUGAACGCCUACAUAGUAUAUGAGUUCUUGAUGUCUGGAUGGGCCACCACCUAUACGUGGAGAUGUGACCUUAUUGACACCUCAGAUAGCCCGCAGGCCUUUCGGAUGAUUCGCGUGGCUUGGUUGUUUUAUUUUUCAAAAUUCAUCGAACUCAUUGACACAGUAUUCUUUGUGCUGAGGAAGAAACAAAGCCAGAUCACAUUUCUCCACAUAUUCCAUCACUCCUUCAUGCCCUGGACGUGGUGGUGGGGCGUCACCUUGACUCCUGCUGGAGGAAUGGGCUCCUUCCAUGCAUUGGUAAAUUCAACCGUCCACGUUAUCAUGUACUUCUACUACGGACUUUCUGCUGCAGGACCUCGCUUCCAGAAAUACCUGUGGUGGAAGAAGUACAUGACCGCCAUCCAGCUUACACAGUUUGUUCUGGUCUCCAUUCACAUCAGCCAGUACUACUUCAUGGAAAAGUGUGACUACCAGGUUCCUCUUUGGAUCCACCUCAUUUGGAUGUAUGGCGUCUUCUUCUUCCUCCUCUUCUCCAACUUUUGGAUGCAGGCCUACAUCAAGGGCAAGCGGCUCCCUACCACAGAAGACAAGCCAAAACAGAACGGCUCAACCAGUGAACCCAUCACUGUGGUUUCCAAUGGGAAACACUUGGAGAAUGGGAAUGUACACCACCACACCAACGGAAAAAUCCUCCUUGGCAAAGUAAAGGAAAUCUAACUUGGUGACUCUGGAAAUGAGGAGGCUCCAUAGAGCUACCUUGAAUGUGUCAUUCAUAUCUAGAAGCAUUUUGGAACAGAUUUCAAUAUGCUACUUCUAAAUUUCAUAACUUCUAUAUAAGCCUUAUUUUUCUUGUGCACACUUGUUGGGAUAUGAAUGGCAUAUUGUGUUUGUUAGUUGUUGCAAAAACUGUGAUGAACACUGUAUGAAGAUUGGUGCUCAUUUUCUCACUGAUAGUAUUCAGGUUUGACCCGCACUACCUACUGUUCAGCUGGCAUGAUCCUUGUUGCUUGGGAGUAUCGCACAGUUUCCACUGUAGGCUAGCACAUAUAAAUAACUGCUUUAAAGUUUAUGCCAAAACAAAGCUUUCAUUGUAAAUGUCAAAUAUUUUGUUUAUUUUCUGUUUUUAUUUAUCUUUUGAAAUAAAACACAUUUUAGAUAAA